GCGAGCCGCUCCCUCCCGCUGCAAGGCGACGUGUGGGGGUGCCUUUAAAUUGUUUUGGAGGGAGCUGCUGCCCGCUCAGUCUCAUCUGUGAUGUAAGAAGAGAUUUUAGGUGUCUGCGCCGAUCGCCUGACUUCGCCUGUCAUUUUCUGCCGGGCUCCUCUUCUCUCUGCCGGUCCGCUGCUGGGUAGAUGUGUCCUUAAGCACUUCCGCCGCCAAGCAGCAGCUGGCCCGGACCUCGUCUCUGUCCCUCUGCCCAGCUUGACCUGCUGGUGCGCGCUCCGCUCCUCGCUCUCCUGAGUGCGCAGGCAUGGAGGAGGAGGAGGAGUGCAGGGUGCUCUCCAUCCAGAGCCAUGUCGUCCGGGGCUACGUGGGCAACAAGGCGGCGACUUUCCCCCUACAGGUGUUGGGCUUUGAAAUAGAUACCGUGAACUCUGUCCAGUUUUCAAAUCAUACAGGUUAUGAUCAUUGGAAGGGACAGGUAUUAAAUUCAAAUGAACUUCAUGAACUGUAUGAAGGACUGAAACUAAACAAUGUCAAUCAUUACGAUUAUGUACUUACUGGCUACACACGGGACAAAUCAUUCCUUGCAAUGGUGGUUGAUAUUGUUCAAGAGCUAAAGCAACAAAACUCCAAUCUGGUAUAUGUGUGUGAUCCUGUGAUGGGUGACAAGUGGAGCGGGGAAGGCUAUAUGUAUGUUCCAGAGGAUCUCCUUCCAGUGUAUAAGGAUAAUGUGGUACCUGUAGCAGAUAUAAUAACACCAAAUCAGUUUGAGGCUGAGUUACUUACUGGCAGGAAGAUACACACUGAAAAAGAAGCAAUAGAGGUAAUGGAUAUGCUGCACAAUAUGGGACCAGAAACGGUUGUAAUCACCAGCUCAGACCUUCAGGCACCUUCAGGAAAUGAUUAUCUGAUUGCAUUAGGAAGCCAAAGGAGAACUACAGCAGAUGGCACUAUAGUGACACAAAGGAUCCGAAUGGAGUCUCCCAAAGUAGAUGCUGUCUUUGUUGGAACAGGAGACCUAUUUGCUGCCAUGCUCUUGGCUUGGACUCACAAACACCCAGACAAUCUUAAGAUGGCCUGUGAAAAGACUAUAUCAGCAAUGCAACAUGUUUUGCAAAGGACCAUCAAGAGUGCAAAGGCCCAAGCUGGAGAAGGAAACAAACCUAAUUCAGCCCAGCUGGAACUGAGGAUGGUCCAAAGCAAAAAGGAUAUAGAAAAUCCAGAGAUAAUAAUAACUGCUACUGUGUUAUAAAGGUUGUGUAUCUCCUAACAACGCACAAUGUAUUGAUGUCCUCAUUUUCUUUCCUGUAAAUUGUGAUGUUUGCCUUAGAUCUGUGACAGAAACCUGACUUCCAUGAAAUAGUGCCCAGCAUAGAUGAGAUCUACUACCAAGCACAUGUGCUGGCCUUGCUUGAAUUAAGAAGAGAAAAAAAGUUAGGUGUGUAUUACAGCUCCCUCCCAGGUAUGAAAAUGGCUGUCAAACUAAUUCAAUCUCAUUAUAAAACCUGGGUGUGAGCCUUGCCAAAGAUUUCAAGAUUGCAUUUUUAGUGAACUGACUGACUGGAGUAUAUAAACUGUGGUAAAGUAUCAUGUGCCAGUUAAGUAGCUUACCAUUUCCCUUAAAUGAAGAGGUUUGGUAGCCUACUAAAAUAUUCAGUACCUCAACCAUUCUGGAGCAUAAAGAGAGGUUCAGGCAAUGUAUGGGGAUGGGUGGGUGGGUUUUUAGGUACUGUACACAGGCCUUGGCGGUAUAACAUAUUUGAACUGUUCCCAUCUGUGAAUCAAUUCCACUGUCCAGAGGUGCUAAUCCUUUACUAUCAAACUAUUAAAAAUAUCCCAUGUCAUAUUUUUGUUUAGCAAGAAAUGAUGAUGAGUAGAAUAUAAUGGUGAUUCUACCUCCGAUAGAAUAGGCUUGACUCAGUUUUAUCAGUUUUUUCCUUAACCAAUGCUUACUGUGAAAUCUAGGUAUCCCGGUUCAUCUUCUAACGGCUAGGAGUGAAGUGAAAGGCUGUGUGUUACUUAAUAAGACCAAUUCACUGUUUAUUGCUGCGAGUGAGGGUAUUCCUGCUCCACAAAUGGAGAAUUAAAUUAAAACACCAUCUAAUAAAUCAGUUCCAUCAGAGGCAGAGUUUUGACACACUAAGCACUGCUGUUGCGUAGUUUCUAUCCCUUUCAAAAACAUAUGCAGGAAUUUCUAGCACGCUUUCUGGAAACGAAUGUAGGUUAUCCAGGAAUAGUUCUGGAGGUUUAAUGUCCAUUGAUACUGAUUUACCAGUAUAGUUCCAUCUUCAUGAAUUUACAGUUAUUAACAUAUUAAAUAAUUAACAGUUGUGCAUUGCAGUUAAACAUGCCUAAAUACUUUGGAAAUCACUACUGAGUCCUGUAUUCUUUUGCAUGCAAUAAUCUCUUUGAAUGUACUGUUGUAGGCUUCCACAGCCAGUAUCCGUUGAGCAGUGUUGGGCUUCAGGGUUUAGUGAUGGUAGCCUAGAUGACAGAUUUCCUGAU